UCCACUUGUGCUAGCUAGUAGCUCUCCUCUCCUCUCCUCUGCUAGCGAAGUGAUUGGCAAUGGCGGCAUGAAAAGGAGCUUGAAAACUAAUAUUUCUCGCGCCAAAAGGGAGCCAGCGAACGCCCUGGGAACUCGGAUCCUCAAACCGACCAAAAGCCCCAAUCCACAGGUCUCCUCCUCCGUCUCCUUCACCUCCUGAUUGCCGAUUGAAGCUUCCUCGGUCUCUUUCAUGGCACGAGGUUCUUUUUGGUUUUGGGCAUUGCCAUCGGAGGUGCAAUGAUCAUGCGGGUGUAUGGGGAUCAACGCUGAAACAUCUGCUAGAGCAAAGGUGGCACGACUCGAACCCGACGGCGAAACCGGCGGCUCUAUUUGGUCGAGCGAGCUCGACCAUGUGCCGCUCACGCAGAGGAGGAAUUGGCUGAUGAACUCGAGGCCUCGCGCGAGUGGCGGUCCUCUGAAUUGCGUCGCCCCUGAGGGAGAAGCGGAAAAGCCAGUUGUGGCUGUCGGAGAUGCUCUUGUUCUUAAGAAGGAAGAGGAGGACUACAAUAUGCAGGUUGUCAGUGGAAGAGAUUUUGCAGGCAAUAAGUGUUGUUCUGAGUCAGAGAAAAUAUGGAUAUGUUCUGUUGAAGGCAAAUCCUCAGAGGGCCUAAAUCAGUCGGGGAAAGUUCACGAAAAGAAUGUACAGGAUGAAUGUGGAACUGUUGCAUUUGAUACAUCACGUGAUGCCACAGCAGUAUGUCUAGGUCAUACCUCAGGUGAUGCUACUGCAGUAUUCCCUUCCAGAGAAAGUGAAUCGUUUGGAUUUCCUGAUAAUUGUUUGGAUGGUGAACCUGCAAAAUUUCAAAAUCGAGAAAAAGCUGAUUUCGUGUGCUCACCUAUGCGAUUGCCUUUGGGGGAAAACCAGUCUCAUAUGCAGAAUAAUGUUCCCAGAGCCACGCCUGAUCUGAUAGUUUCAAACAGCUUGACCUCAAGUAAAGUUAAAAUCGAACCUUCUGAUGACAAUGACUUGCUUAACCAGAAACUUUCUGCCGUCGACAUGUCCCACUUGUUAGAUUCAGAAAUGACAUUGAACAAAAGGAAUGGUGAAAUUCAAGAUGAUGGGUGGUCACACGAACUCGAACAUGUUCCGCUGCUACUACGAAAGAAAAUGUUGUUAGCAGGCAAGAAGGUUCCAAGUGCUGAUAGCCCCAAAUCUGCCAUAUCUCACGUAGAUGACAGCCCACGCACGUCCCAUCAAGAUGUUGCAGUUGUAAAGGAAGAGAAACUACUUCAUCCUUCAGGUACUUCAGGAGAUGACUUUGCAAAGAAUAUUGAUGGAACUACGAGGGAUGAGAUCCAGUCUUUGCUAGUGUCUAAUGAAGUUGACUCACGUGACAUGUUGGAACUAGGUGAUGCUGAUAUAUGUGCAAGUACAGUGACAGAUGCAUCUGAGACUUCUGUUUCACAAUGUUGUUUUGGAGCUAAUCAAGUUUCUUCAUUGCCUAUUGUAUUUGAGAAUGCUCUGUCAAGUAAAUCAAGAGAUUUUCUGGAACUUCAAAAAUGUAUAAACAGGACUGUAUCCAAGGGAAAAUUGCCCAAGUCAAAUUUAUGUAAUGGGCAGGAUCCUGUUUUAUCUCCAAAGAUGAUAACAAAGCCUGCUGCAGCUCUGAAACAAUCUGUCAAAGUUAAGAUUGAACCUCCAGAUCAUCAUGCCAUGCCCAAGAGUGAUAAUACUUCUCAGGAUCACUUAAAGAUGUUACCCGUAAAGAGGGAAGCACAAGACUAUGACGAUCUUUCAUCUGACAAGGUGGACCAUAUGCUGCUGCGAGAACGUUUGGAACUACUGACAUCACACACGGACUCUGUAGCUGAUACUAAUGAGACAUACAGAUGUUACACUGAACUCAUCUCUUCUGUACGUGAAAGCAGUCAUCCAGUUCCAGAAUCUGUUAAGCUGACUGUGCCUAAGCGUCUGCGGAAAAGAAAAAAGACUGCCACCGAUUCAGUUGAAACUGCUUUGGACGAAGAUGCACCAGGACUUCUGAAGGUGUUACUUGACCAAGGGGUUACAGUUGAUGAAAUUAAGCUUUAUGGGGAGGCAGAGUGCAAUGAACUUGUGGACGAAUCUUCCAUCAAUGACGGCUUUGCAGAGCUUGAAGAUGUAAUAUCGAAGCUUUUCUCUCAGCGCCAAUCUUUCUUGAAAUUUGCACCUAUGCGGGGCUCGAAGGAUGCAAAAAUCAGUUAUUGCCUGGCUUGCCUUCUCUCUCUGGUGGAGCAGACACGAUAUCUGCGUUUCCGGAAGUGGCCAGCCGAAUGGGGUUGGUGCCGGGAUCUACAAUCAUUUAUAUUUGUCUUUGAAAGGCAUAACAGAAUAGUCCUGGAACGUCCAGAAUAUGGGUAUGCCACAUAUUUCUUUGAGCUGGUUGAUUCACUGCCUAUUGACUGGCAGAUUAAGCGGUUGGUGAUUGCCAUGAAGCUAACUAGCUGUAGCAGGGUGACCCUAAUUGAGAACAAAGCGCUAUCGGUUGGGGAAGACUUGACUGAAGGUGAAGCACGGGUCUUAAUGGAAUACGGUUGGGUACCAAAUACUGGCUUGGGCACGAUGCUUAACUAUUGUGACAGAGUCAUUCAUGACCAAAGGAAUGAGAUGGACACUUCCGAAUGGAGAGCGAAGAUAGGGAAGUUGCUGAUCGAGGGCUAUAACGGAGGAAGCAUUGUCCCGACCAACAUCAGAAAGAUAACAGAACAUCGGAGUUCAAUGGAACGUGAAAACCUGGAGAUCGCACAGGUUAAAAUGGAGGCGGAGCUCUAGUUCAUCGUAAUGAUCAAAUUGUACAUACUCCUUGAAAGUUGGCUGAUGACAAACCACCCUAGAGUAAUCAAUCUCUUCUAGAUAGACGUUAUAUGCUGACUAUCAGCAAAGUGAGCUCUAACUUACGCUAAUUAAUUAGUUUGUUCUGUUAGAUGUACACUUCGCACUGUUGGAGAUUAUUUCAUUAAGGAAAUAGGGAUGCCUUUGGAUGUU